CUCAUCUUUCUUAUAUUACAUUCAAGUAACAAAGAUCAAAUAUAACCUUUCCUUUUCACGAUUUGCGAGAGAACGUAAUUCAUAAAAGAAGUCAUCAUGUCUAUCCGACCAAAUUAUAGGCCGACUAUUGUCAAAAAAAGGACAAAGAAGUUCAUUAGGCAUCAAAGUGACCGAUAUGAUAAAUUGAAGCGUAACUGGCGUAAACCUAAGGGUAUUGAUAACAGAGUUCGCAGGCGUUUUAAGGGCCAAUAUUUAAUGCCUAAUAUUGGUUACGGAAGCAACAAGAAAACUCGUCAUAUGCUUCCAACAGGUUUCCGUAAAGUUCUUGUACAUAAUGUCAAGGAAUUAGAGGUACUCAUGAUGCAAAAUCGCAAAUUCUGUGCUGAAAUUGCCCAUGCUGUUAGCAGUAAAAAACGCAAGGCUAUUGUCGAACGUGCCCAGCAACUUUCAAUUCGCGUCACGAAUGCCAACGCACGUCUGCGUUCUGAAGAAAAUGAAUAAAUAUUUUUAAUUCUUAAUAAAAUAAGAUCUUUUCACUAUG